ACCCAAAACCCAUAACCCAAACCCAAAAACCAAAAACCCAAACCCAAACCCAAAACCGACGUAACCCUAAUUCUCAUUUUCUCACUCACCCGACGCCGCAAGAAAUUUCCAUCGACCGAGCUCAUCUUCAACCUCGUCGAACUGUCUUCAUCUUCGUCGAAGCUCGACCUCGUCUUCAACCUCGUCUUCGAUCUUCAACAUCCGAGCUUCAACCUCGUUUCGAACUCGUCGAAGCUUCGUCUUCAACCUCCGAGCUUCAACCUCGUCUUCGAACUCGUCGGAGCUUCGUCUUCAACCUCCGAGCUUUGUCUUCAACCUCUGAGCUCCUCUUCAACCUCCGAUCUGUUCCUCGUCGAAGCUCGAACUCGUCGAAGCCUCUCGAUUCUCGAAGCCUUUGGGAGUCUGCUUCAUUCCUGUAACAAGAUGGAGCAUCAUCGUGAAGAGGAGGUUGUUGAUCUUGAGUCCUUUAGCAUUAUGGCUUUAUCACCUUUAGAUGGCCGAUAUUUGCAGAAAGUCAAGGAUUUGCACCCAUUCUUUAGUGAAUAUGGGUUAAUCCGUUACCGUGUAAUGGUUGAGGUAAAAUGGUUGCUAAACUUAUCAAAAAUACCUGAAAUCAAGGAGGUUCAAAGCUUUAGCGAGAAUGCCAGGUCUUAUUUAGAAAGUAUAGUUAGUGGCUUCAGCAAAGCUGAUGCUCUGGAAGUGAAAAAGAUUGAAAAAGUAACUAACCACGAUGUUAAAGCAGUGGAAUACUUCUUGAAACAGAAAUGUCAAUCCAAUGCUGAGAUUGCUGAGGUACUGGAGUUUUUUCAUUUUGCUUGUACAUCAGAGGAUAUAAAUAAUUUAGCCCAUGCAUUGGCACUGAAGGAGGCGUUCAACACUGUCAUAUUUCCUGUGAUGAUUGAGUUGUUGAAUGCAAUAUGCAAAUUAGCGAAGGAAAAUGCUCAUAUCUCCAUGUUGUCUCGCACUCAUGGACAGCCUGCUUCACCCACUACUUUGGGAAAGGAGAUGGCAAAUUUUUCUUUCUGACUAAGUGAAGUAGGGAAGACCUUUACAGAAGUGCAAAUAUUGGGCAAGUGUGCUGGAGCUGUUGGAAACUACAAUGCACAUAAAGUUGCAUAUCCUGAUAUUGAUUGGCCAACUGUUGCAGCUGAGUUCGUGACCUCUUUGGGGUUAGGUUUCAACCCUUACGUGACAC